ACGUUCUGGUGGCAGUGGCUCUGAUUGGAGGAUUAACCUUUAUCAUUGCUGUGGUGCACUAUAUCCAUCAGUCUCCCUAUCCCAUAAUACUGUCCCCUUUGGGUGGGGAGCUGGGCAGCAGACAGAACCAUGUGAUUGGUGUUUAUGGACAGGAUGCCAAGGUGUUGCAAGGUUAUGUUAGCCUCAGAGAGCAACAGCCAUUGACUCUGAGCUGUGACCAGUGCAGCAUUGUGUCCAGCUCUGGCCAGAUGCUGGGGAAGGGCCUGGGGGCUGACAUUGACAGCUCUGAAUGUGUCUGGAGGAUGAACAACGCUCCAACGGAGGGAUAUGAGGCAGACGUGGGCAGUAUAACAACCGUGAGAGUGGUGUCUCACACCAGCACACCAUGGCUCCUCCGGCAGAACACCUUCAGCUCCCACCUCAACAACUCCAUCUACAUUUUCUGGGGUCCUCACAGGAACAUGAGGCGUGAUGGCAAGGGGAUGGUCUAUAACAUGCUGAGAACUGUUCAGAACCGCUUCCCAUCGGCCAAACUCUACACUGUGACAGAGGAACAGAUGAGAUAUUGUGACAUGGCUUUUAAAAAGGAGACGGGGAAGGACAGGGUGCUUUCGGGCUCCUACCUCAGUACGGGUUGGUUUACCUUCAUCGUUGCAAUGGAAGCCUGUCGAUCCAUUCACGUCUUUGGGAUGAUUAACGCAUCUUUCUGCAGCACCGAGGGGCACAGGAACGUGCCGUAUCAUUACUACGAGCCCAGCGGGCAGGAGGAAUGUGCCGAGUAUUACCUACACGAGAAUGCACAGUACGGGGGGCACCGGUUCAUUACAGAGAAAGGCGUCUUUGCAAAAUGGGCGAAAGAGAAGAAGAUCAAAUUCUUCAAUCCCACCUGGCAGAUCUCCUGAUACACGUCAAACAGAUUCACCUUCAAUGGUGGGACUGCAGCUUCUCCCUCAAAUCCCUAUCGACACCACCGACACAACCAGACAAUGACGUCUCUAUGCUUCUACAUGUCCUCAAUAAAGGACCAUGUUAUCCCUG